AUGACUGAGAAAUCAUUACCAAGCGUAAAAACUCCGAAACCUCGUACCAAGACAUUUACGGGAUGCUGGACGUGUCGCGCCCGCAGAGUCAAAUGCGACGACGAACAGCCACAUUGCCGCCGCUGUCGCCGUAGUGGCUGGCAGUGUCAAGGAUAUGGCAUGCGGCUGGGAUGGACUCAAACAUCAGGAAGUCGAUCUAAUCGUCGUCAACUAUGCUCUUCAAAUCCUCAAUCUACGCUGCAGUUGCCUUCUGCCGCCGUGACGGCUCUCCUGGCGGAGUUGGAUGAAUGCUCCGACGGCAGUGCCCAGCAACGGGGUCCCUUUUCCGUGUUUUCCGCGUCUAGUCCUGAGCCCGAAGGGUCCAGAACUCCAGUUUAUCUUGAUUCAAUAUUGUCAUCUUCGCUGGUUGCCGACAGAGAUGGGCCAACAUGUGGGCAAUCUCUGUCGCACCCGCUUGAUUCACGUUCAACGGCUAGAUCCGGGGAAAGAAAUGAAUCUCCCUCGGAAUCAGUCAAUGGGGUCUUGUCAGAUACUUCGCAGUCGUCUGACUUUCCGAGUCAUGAGAAAUCGAUAACAACGGUACCGACCGAGCGUGUGGAUCGAGCUUAUUAUGAUACUGCUCUCGUUCCAGCUGGAAAUCAACGAACCAAUAUAGCUCUUGCGCCCCAAGUGAGCCUACUUAAGGCUUCUUCGAUGCCCUAUACACUUCCUCCAAUAAUAUCUCUUGAUACCCUACAACUUCCAAGACCGGAGACAGAACUGGUUCAUCAUUGGGUCGUCUUUCUGAGCUGUAACAUGCUUUUGAUUGACACCCCUGAUAAUCCCUGUCGCACAAUUUUUAUGCCUUUGGCUUUAAAAGCGCUUGAAACCCCUUCAGGUGAUUCUAACAUUCAUCUUUCAAUUUUCCAUGCCAUUUGCGCAUCAUCGGCCUUCAGCUUGUUUCAUCUUCGACGCGACCCUCGAUAUCAGUCUGUCGCUAUGCAUCAUGACCAGCUUGCCUUGCGGCAUCUGCGGGAAAAUCUCCAACGAGCAAAGCGCCUUGAUGAGCCAAUCCUGGCUGCCGUUCUCACAUGCAUAACGGCCGAAGCAAUGUCUGGGCGACGGAGUCGAUGGAGGACCCAUGUUGCUGGUGGGCUUGGUCUUUUGGAAAAUGAGAUACACGGCGGCUGGAUCCGAAGCCCAACUGCGUCUCGCUUACUUCAGAGUUAUAUCUCACUUUCCUCAUUGUGCAGUUUGCCCAUGUCCACACAGUUGAUAUCACUUCUCGAUGGGCCGCCUGAGUUACGCCACUAUCUCGAGCGGUCGCAUGGGGUCACAACACCUCUCGUACAAAUUUUAGCACAGAUCACGGCACUAGUGAAUUCCAACAUCACAAUCUCAACAGAGGAAUUAGAUCGUCUAGAGCUGCAGCUCUACUUCAACUUCCCUUGCUUGACAGAACCGGAUGCCCCAGGUUCCAUUAUUAUUCAACAUGCCUUGAAUUCAUUUUACUAUGCCUCCAUCAUCUUCUUUCGACGAACACUACGAAACGCGGCAUUGAGUGAAAUCCAGGAUAUAGUUGAGAAGGCAGUGAAAGAGCUGGAGGCGGUCGAUAUUUUAACUCAAGACCAGAAUGGUGGUAGUGCCUAUAACUGGGCUAGUUUUGUCAUCGCAGCCGAAUGCCAAAGACUGGAUUUGCAAACCAGAAUGAUGGCCUGCUUUGAACGGAAAAUCCGCCAUGGAAUUCAGAGUAUAAAUGUUCUUGGCGAAAUUGUGAAGGCACUCUGGAGCCGCCGAGACCAGGCUGGGCUAAAUAGGGAUAUUCACUGGCAGGAGAUCGCCAAAGAAGCAGAUUUCGAUAUCAUGCUUGUAUAA